CCCCAUCCCUUCUUACACGUCCACAUCGGCCUUAAACCCCUCCUUCUUCCGGAAAACAAAACACAAAACGACCGCACGGAGCGCGAACUCUCUGAGAGUCGCUGCUCGCCAUGGCCACGGCUGAGCAGCCUCCGAAGAAGCGGAAGUUAUACGAGCCUCUGCCAGAAUCACCACCUCUGCCACCGCCAAUCUCCAAAUCAAUAGCCCCAGACUCACCCUCUCCCAAAACCCUAACCCCGCCCCACUCCUCUGUACCUCCGCCGGCAACUCCUCCAUUGUCUCAGGAGCAGAUUAACAUCAGGCUCAGGAACAAAGAUGAAAUCCGGAAUGUUUACGAAUGCUACAAGCGGAUUAAAUUAUGCUUGUCUCAAAAAGAUGGCGCCCUCAUCUCUGAACUUGAGCAAAGUUAUCUCUCUCUCAUUUCUGCUUCCAGAGGUUGUAUGAGUGUACAAAGAAUUGUGGCUGAUUUUAUUCCUCGAUAUGCAUGUCACUUUCCAACUGCCUUGGAAGCUGCUGCUAAAGGUGUUAUUAAUAUGCAUAAUUGGAGUUUAACACUGAUCAAGAGACGGGAAGAUUAUGAUGGUAUCGCAUUUGAAACUGCUAAGGCCUGUAUUUUGGGUCUGGUUGAUAUAUGUUGCGCUGCUUCUCCAGUGACUCCAACACCAUCUGUAAGUAGGGGAAUUUGCUCUGCAGUUUUCCAAAAUGUGAUAACCUUUUUUGAUGCAUUAUUUGGUGAAAAGGAUAUCUUUUGUAUGGUUGAUAAGAAUUUCCUAAGGAUGCAAGAUUCUCCUGAGGUUUUUUCUGAGUUGAAGCAAAAGAUUUUAGAUGAAGACGAGCCUUCAUUGGCUAAAUUAUCCAAGCUCUGUGCAUUAUCUGUGAUUUGGAUAUUCUUCUCCUGCCCAAAGUAUUUUCUUGCAGCUUGUUUGGAGCUUUUAGGCUCCAAUGCAACCGAGGGAGCUUCUAAAGGAGGGAAGUAUUUUGUGAGCCAGGUGACUAGGAGGCUUGAUGAGGAUGAUGUGGUUCACCUUUUUGAUAGAGCGAAUGAUGAACCUGAAUCAUGUGCAGGUUCUACAGGAACAAGUGUCAAAGGCAAUGACAUAGCAGAGGAGCUUUCAACUGCUAACUGUCAUGUUUCUGAGGGUAGUGCAUCUGUUCAAAAUAGUUGCUUGCUCACGCUGGUUCUAGACAAGGAUCCCUCGUUGAGGAGGUGGAUGUUGUAUAGGUGUAAGAAGUUAUCUAAUUCACUCAGUAAUGCUUCAUUGGAGAUUACAUCGGCAGUGCAGGGAAUCCUUACAAUUUUUGGGCAAGAAACAUGUAUGGAAGAUUGUUUACUUGACAGCGAUGAGGAUAAACCUGAUUCUAUGAAUUGCAUGAAUAGGAAUCAUGGGGUGCCUAAGGUCUCUGCGGAACAUGAAAGCAUUAGUGAAUCAUCUAGAAAAGCUAGCAAUUUAAGAGUUUUUGUAAGUUCAUCUGAUGAUGGAUUUACAGAUAAGGUUUCAGAUAAAUAUGCAAGAGUUAAUAACUCUGCAGUAAAUCAUGACUCUGAAUCCGUAUCAAAAUUGGGACGUCAUUUUGAUAAUGGAGUCUCAAGGCACAUGGGCCUUGAGACAGGGACGCAGGGAGAUCUGGCCCAAGUUAAAUGUUCUGCACUGAGGGAGUCAGUAAGCAACCAGAUGCCCUCACCUGCAAUAAGAACAUCAAUAGAAUUUAGGAGUAAUGCUUUUGAAGGAAGAAUCGACGUCCCAAAUUUUGAGAAAAGUCAGGUUUCAAAUAUGGAUUUCAAUUUACCUCCAUUGAGAUCUUCUAGUGGAAGUGUUUGUAAUAUUCAGGCAUCUCCUAAACAUAAAUUUGUGUCUUCAGUUGCUUCCACAAGAAGUCAAAUCGUCUGGUGUUUCGAUGGGGAUCCUGUGUCUAUGGAUAUUGUCUCUGCUUCAAAACAGCUCUGGGUAGGUUUUGCAGGGCUUGACCUGUCCGAAAAUCAUAUUAGGUUUCAACUUGAGAGGUUUGGUCCAAUUGAACAAUUCUUUUUCUUUCCUAUAAAAGGGUUUGCCUUGGUUGAAUACAGAAACAUCAUUGAUGCCAUAAAAGGUCGUGAGUAUUUGCCUGGAAGUUUUCCUUGCCGAGUUAAAUUCAUGGAUAUAGGAUUUGGAACUAGAGGUUCUAUGAAUGGCGUUGCAGUUGGUUCUAGCUCACUGACCUACAUUGGAAGUGUUUCCAGCCAAUGGGUCAAGGAUGAGAUACUACAUGAAACAAGAAAAGUCAUCCAUAAGGGUCCACUUAUGGUUACUGAUCUUAGCCAAGAGCGGGCAUUACUCAUGGAAUUUGAAACUCCUGAAGAGGCUGCCUCAGUGAUGUUGCAUCUGAGACAAUUCCGAAGGGAAAGAAGCAAUCAUUACCAACCUUUUGGCCCAAGGCCAGGUUUUGCUGCGAUUGGAACUGCUCAUAUGGACGGUGCAAGACAUGUGCCCGCACCUCCCCAUCUUGACCUUAAAGCCAACAUCCCAGCAAACUUGUCAAAUGGUAUCGCAGGAUCUCCUCAUUCUCGAACGUUGUCGGGGAGCCCUGCUGAUAGCAGUCAAAUGAGCCAACAUGGGAUUAAUGCUGCACCAUUUUCAAUUAAACCUGAAAACAACUCUUUGGAGCUUGUAUCGCCUGGAGUAAAGUCAGAGAGUCAGGGUAGUGGCGCAUGUGCUCCACCUAUGUUUCAGUCAAACUGGAACUUCUCUUCUUCAAGGGAGAUGCUGGAAGCUGGGGCAAGGAAGCCUGAUGGUUAUGACAACCUGCCAGCUGAUCUUCAUCAAGGAGGCAAUGUUCCACACAUUCUCAAUGCAACACAAGGGCCUCCUAUCCCACCACCGCAACAAAUUCAGUCAUCUCCUUUCAUUCGCCCUGUUUAUGUUCCUCCAAAUGGUCCAUGGGAUGCCCGGGGAUUUAGUAAUCAUUUAUCUGCCGAACAAUACAAGACAGGAUCAUUGCCAAAUAAUUUUCAUGGUAGUGCUGUUGUAACUCCUUUCAUACCUGCUUCAGUCACUCCACUUGCUCAGAUACAGGGAACUUCAGUUCCUCCUUACAACCAGCCGAUCCCCCCACCAAUUGUACCACUGCCUCCUUCAUCCUUGCCACCCCCACCCCCACCUCCUCCACCUCUACCCCAUACUCAACCACCCUCAGUUCCUCCACCACCUGGUUCUCCUCCACCCCCACCUCCACCGGUGCCUGUUCAGGAAUUACCCAAUACUGACAGUUCAGGAAAGUCUCCGCAAUAUCAAUGGCAGGGAGUGCUUUGUAAAAGUGGAGUUAAUUACUGUACAAUAUAUGCAUGUAGAGCAGAUUCAAAUAUCUGCAAAUAUUCUAAUGCCAUUCCUGAGCCUUCUGAAUGGCCUGCAAAAUUAGAUAUGACUAAACGCACAGAUCUUCGGCAUGUAAGAUCAACAUUCGCUGGCACUCCGCAACACAGGAGGGAAGUUUGUCGUUUAAUCCCGUCAUCCACGAGUGACUACAAAGGGUUUCAGGAUUUUAUAUCUUACCUAAAGCAGAGGGAUUGUGCGGGAGUUAUUAAAAUACCAGCUUCCAAGUCCUUGUGGGCGAGGCUUCUUUUUAUACUCCCUCACAUGCCUGAAACAUGCUCUAUGCUGUCUAUUGCACCAGACCCCUCUGAUUGCCUCAUUGGAUUGGUGUUGCCGAAAGAAACAAACUUCGAGUGGAUAUGAUCGCUGUCAUCAUUCAUAGGAGCACGGAGCAGAGUCCUCGUUGUAUUUGUAAUAAUGUAAGCCGAAGGCACAUGGCCCCCUCUGAAGAAUGCAAAUGCGCAUUGCUUAACUUUCUCUUUCUGAUUGAUAUUUUUGUUUUGUGAGAAAAAAGAUGUGGAGGGAAAGCGGGAGAAAAAACGGCGGGUGGGGGUGUUUAUGUAGAUACAGUUCACUUUAUGGCCAUUUUUCCUACUCGGUCUGCUGUGUAUAGGAUUUUGCUCGUAGAAGGUAUCCUGGGUAGUUAAGCUUGAGGCUGGAUGUCCUGUAUAAAUGUAAACAUCUUGUUUGAUUCAUGGAGGAAUCAUUUCAGUUACAACGCUGCUCCAUUUCAGCUGCUAGUAUUUGUUUGGAAUCACAA